AUAGAGUACACGUCCUUUCAGUUACUCAUAACUUUUAGAAUAUUUGUUACGCUAAUCUAUGUGUUGUGUUUAAUAUCAGUGGUUUCAAAAGUGAGUGAAGUGAUGUGAUACUUAUCUUUAAAUGCCAAUAUUAAAUGCAAAGGUGAUGUGGUCGCGUAAGCAGUCAGUGUGCAGUGCUGUGAGUGGAGUCUCCAGAGCUGAUGAGCAUGACGGCAUUGGAGAUAUCCAUUUAUACCCAUUUGCGUUUGCGCUCCGAGUAAGAGUCUUACAGAUUGUUUGUGGUAUAGGAGGCUUAGUGGUUGGUGCUGUGGGUUGGUUAGAAGAAAGACAAAAACCCGUGCUUGGACUGGGAGUACCCGCGGGUGCAGUCACCGUGUUAGCUGCUGCAUUAUCGGUAUACUACAGCCGAGGGUUUGGUGGGUGGGUCUCAGCUAGAUCCAGAACUUCCAGAUCUUGGGGUACUCCUUGGAGGGUUCUGGGACCAUCAGCGUGCGCUGCGGUGCCCCUCACUAUACUAUGGACAGCCGCUAUAGGGGCACACGUGGCUAUGUUCGUAUUUUGCAUAAGAACACUUAUGAAUAUUGGAUGCGGUUCGAAAACUUGUAUUGGUGUUGCAGUAGCCCAAUUAUCGAUUUCGGUAACAACUUUAGCAACUACUGUCUACAUGGUACAACUGGACUUAAGAUAUGAUGCUGCACUUUCACCACCACGCCCGUCAGAUGCGCAUACAUGCACUGCUGUGUCUAUGGUACCACUUACAUCAGUCGCAGUGAACAGUGGUGCCAGUGGCGAUGGACAAGAUAACAGCCCCCUAAAUAAAGACCACAAGGAUCACCCACCUCCUUCUGAACCCACAUGAUGAUGAUACAGCUUAAUUUAGCCUUGAUUCUAAUUGAGUAUGUAAUAGCAAGAAGUUAAUACUCUACUAGUAUUGAUAUAUAAUAAGGUUUUUUGAUGUUUUUUAUACCUCAAUAGUCGUAGGCCAACUGUAACUCCAUAGUAUAGUUUUCGGGAAUAUAAAAAAAAAAAUUUUUUUUGAAGUAUCGUAACCCAAUUUUCCUACUAGGUUGGACCUCUAAUCUUACCAAAUCAAAUAAUAUCGGCAUAAAUCGAACCCAAUACCAAUUUUUACUCCACAUGUAAAUUUCAGAGGCGAAUAAAUUGUGUGUAAUAUUAAUUAUUUUAUUGCUAUAUGUAUGGUUCAUCUAGUUACUAUUGUAAAUAUGUAAAUGAAACUUAUUAAUCAUUUUAAUUGCUUUAUAAAGUAUUUCUCUAUUAAAUUGUCUGUGAUUAGAUUUUAAGAUUAUUAUUCAUUUGUUUCAUUAGACUCGAAGUUAUUGUAAAUAUUCAUUUAAUAACCUUUUAUCUUUAAUGUUUAAGUAAAGAAUAUGCCAUUAACCAGCUACGGGUACACCUUUUAUUUAGUAUUUCUUUCGUGACCAUUUGGUUUUUCUAAUAGGCAAUUAGGGAAUCCGCUUUCUGUGCUGACACAUAUCGCCAUUAUUUUGGAGUUAAGGCAUUUGGGUUUUCUCACCAUGUCUUAAUUAAUCGUACCAGCGAGUGUUAUUUUAGUAAUAAAAUCCAUUUAAUAAAUUAAAAUGUUAACAACAGGUUGGACACUGUUGAAUCUAAGUCUUACUAUUAUAUGAACAUUUAUUUUUUAUUA